AUGGUUUUCAAAAUAAAAGAUAGAGUCACAUUUCCUAACAUUUCGGACGUGGAGAUAAUUGUGAAUGGCCUGACUGGAUACCAGAAGCCUAAUCAAGUUAGGAAGCAACAUAAGAAUGCUAAAUUAUCGUCUGAAUUUUUUUCGUCUUCAAAUCCAGAAGAUCAAGAACAAUGGGAACGUAUAGUAGGUGGUAUAAAGGCUCCUAAUGGAUCAGCACCUUACCAGGUGUCGCUACGGUUAUGGGGCGUGUGGCACUUCUGUGGGGCCUCUCUAGUGACCCCUAGAGUUAUACUUACUGCUGCACAUUGUGUUGACAGGCGCAACGACGACAAACUGCAAGACGCAGUCGAAUUCAGAAAAACAAUUUUUGUAGGCACAAACCAGCUUCUAGCAGGAGGCACAGCAUACGACAUUCGAAAGAUAGUGGUCCACGAGGACUAUGACGAUUAUAUCAUCAAGAAUGAUAUCGCCAUACUGUUUACUGAAGUGGAAAUGGGUUUCGGACGGAAGGUGGACGCUGUGGAACUUAAUGAUGAGCCUGUGCAAAAGGGGGAGGAGUUACUGUUGACGGGUUGGGGGACCACGUCGGUGGAAGCCUACAUGCGAUGGAUAGAGAAGACACUGUAUGAUGAUGACAUGGACCACGUCAGGUACAUCGAGGACCAUAGACGUCACAGAACUACUAAUAGACAUUGA